AUGACUACCUCCACUGCUGCUGCCGCCAAGAGCGCCUACCGUCAACUUCUCCGGUCCACCCGAGUUGUCUUCCACAACGAUCUCCCGGUUCUCCUCGCUGCUCGUCAAGAGGCCCGCCAGAACUUCGACAAGAACCGUCGCCCAGCCAUCGACACCGGCAUGCAAAUCAACCAUGCAAUCGAGGUCGCAAACAUCCUGCGUCACAACAUCGUGCAGGGCUCCAGAGAGCAGGGUGAUGAAAACGCCAAGUGGGAACUCAACAUCCACGACCAGAUCGAACGCGGUGAUAAUGACUCCAUUAAAGUCGGCAGUCAGAACGUUAAGAUCCACAAGUCCUGCUCGUCAUGA